CAUCGAGCAUCCGUUUGCUUAAUGCUCUCUGUUUUUCAAGCGCGUUUUCGCUAGGCAGGGCGCGCGGCGCUCAACUCCACCGGUGUCACGAAUCCGAAAGCUCUUGAAUUUUCCGAGGUUUGUCCGGUGGUGUUGGGAGUGGGAUUUAUUUUAAGCGUGUUUAAUACAUUAUACACUUUAUAUAACUACAGUGGAAAGAAACUCGAGGCCUAAAUCGAGUAUUUGCGUUAAGUCUCACACAAACUAUAGACCGAUAUAUCAUAACGGGCGAGAAGCUUCAGGCACCUCCUGUCAACACUUUGACGCGUUGUAGAUUAUGGUAUUCUGUGAGUGUUAUUGGGAGCGCCGGGUGUUUAAAAGUAGCUACAUUGUAUCCAUCAUUUUAUUGAGCCUUUCGAGGUAAAGGCAGGGAGGCGUACAUAGUGUACCGUGUUGUCAAAAUGCCCGCAUUGUCUUUCCAUCAGUGUGAGCAAGGCCUACCAACAGCAACAGAGCUCUGAAGCAAGAUAUGCUGUGCUUUAUGCAUCUAACUGCACGUUUGCAUCCAUUCAGGGCGUUUUAUUAAGGCGAUAUGAUCAUUUUCAUGAUCAAAACAUUGAAUGACUGCAGUUGAAUGCUCGUGGUUGAGUUUUUGGUCUUUGAAAAAGCGUUGAGCUUCCCAAAAUCAGACAAGCAAAGUUACCUGCAGGUCCCUGUGCCACCUCUAGUCUACUACAUUUCCAUCAUUCAGAAUUUUCUCCUUUUACGUGACACGAUAACCGAUGGCAGAGAAUGUCUAAUAACAUAGCCCAGGCCAGGAAGUUGGUGGAGCAGCUGAGGAUUGAAGCAGGCUUUGAACGCAUUAAGGUGUCGAAGGCUGCUGCGGACCUCAUGAGUUACUGCGAGCAGCAUGCAUGCAGCGACCCUCUGCUGGUGGGGGUUCCCACCUCGGAGAACCCUUUCAAAGACAAGAAGCCUUGCAUCAUUCUAUAGCUACUCUCUCUAGCCCAGCCCUCCCAGUCCCACUUUAACCAGUGCCCAUCCCCAGUCAGUGGGCUAUUUCAGUCCAACACUUCUUUUGACCUGGAAUCCACAGUAUUCUCCAGAAAUAAAUGCCACACUCUCUCUUAGUACAAAACUAAAGGGGGCAAUAUCUGUAUACCUAGCGUCAUGUAGCCCUGCAUUGAGCUUGUCUAUAUGAAUGAAUCUAUACAUGUGUGCACUGUCUACAUUCAUGUAUAUAGACUCACUUAAGAGGAGGUGGCAGAUUUGGGAUUUGUAAAGUAUUUCAUAAUGAUUACACAGUGCUUAAGUGACUAAGAGAUACUCCAGCAUGUUUUUCAGUGAAGUGGAUGACCUUAUUACCACAUAGGUGAUGGUAGAGAUUGAAGAAAGACAGUCAUGCUUAUGCUGACUGACUAGCUGGUUUGCCCAGUUACACUGUGGUAAAUGGUUGUUCAGUAUUAACCCUGCAUAGUUGUGUUAGAUCUGCAAGCUAAAGGUUCGUUUAGAUUUCUAUGGCCAAAAUUGAAUCCAGGUAUGCUUAUCUUUAUCAAAACAGCACAUUUCAUGUUUUACAAAGGAUUCAAGACAUUAACCAGAGUUGCCAAUAUUUGUACUUUUUUUUUUUUCCUUCCAGUCCGUUUGUGAGCAGUUGUUUUUCUUUUCAUUGAUAAAAACACAUUAGGCUUGAUGCUUUCUUUUUCUAGUCUUUAUACUGUAUUUCAGAAUCUUCAGACACUUAAGUUAUAAAGGAAUAAUUUUAUAUAAUGCUGAAAAUAUUAACCUGAUACCUCCUUCUCAGCCCGUUUUAAUGUGCAGAUCUAAACCGAUAUUAAAGCCGAAGUUGUAUUUGGAAUAUUAACUUAAAUAUGUUUGGAUGCAACAUUUAUAGUAAAAUAUCUUGAAAUCAGACCAGGAUACUGCAUUACCUUUCAGUAUCAAUAUACAUUAAAGAUCCUGAUGGCAGAGGCUUUGUCCUACCCCAUAAGUUUAGUGAUUUUAAAAACAAUGUCUGAGCCCCUGCAUAUCACAGGCCAAUCUUCUUCUCUGAAGCCAAACUUGAUUGUAAAAUCCAUACAGAAGGAAAAAAAAAUGUAUAAACUUUCUUUUGGAUAUGUUCAGAAGUGUUAAUUUGAGAAUAGCUAUUUGGAUUUGUUUGUUCCAAUUUCUUCUUUCUAUGGAAACAUGAAAUCUGGUCUUUGAGUACGAUAAUGUACAGUGUUUGAUGACUAAAAUCGCAUUCAUUUUUUUGUGGAUGUUUUAUCUUUUUGUAAUCUUUGUUUAAUAUUUCUGUUUCCUCCAUCAUUCAUAUUUAACCAUCCAGUUUGUCCUCUUUAAGGCUAGGCAAAGAAUUGAACUUGAGAAGGAUGGCUCUGGUGCUUGUACAGUACAUGGGAGAGCAAAUUGCUUACCUGCUCCCUUUUUGGGAAUGUGGAUUGGAUUGUUGACACUGUAAACACGAUGCCCACACGAUGACGACGUAAGGUGCUCAAGGUAUUGUUUUCAGGUGGUAGUACCUGUUUGAUGCAUUAAAGCACGUUGUAUGAGGUGGUCUAUGUUGAUAAGUCUUGUUAGUGGCUCUAUAUGAAGGGCAGGAUGUUCAGUGUUAUGCGACAGGCCACAGGGUUUGGCUCUGCCUGGGCAGUCACAUGCAGAAUGGCAAGAUGAGGGGCAAGGUCAAGCCACAACUCUGAAUGUUCUAUAUGCAUCCAGCACAUGAUCUACGAUCACUGGCCAAUAAGUGUCUUGUGCGCCACCACUCGUGACUGAAGUCGUUGGUCUCUAAACAGUCACAAUAGAAUUGCCCCACUGUCCUUCUUUAAAUGGCGAAAAUAACAUGUUGGUGCAGAAAAUCGAGUCUUGAGAAUGCUGUCGUAGUGUAAGGGGGACAGAGGGGGCCUGUGCUCCCUGCAGCCCAUAGGAUGCUGUCAUCAGCUCCCGUAUUAUGGAUGACUAAGAUGAGUGGAGAGGUCACAAGAUGGUUACGAGUCAUCCAGCAGACCAGAGAACAACAGAAUCACACUUCUCCCUGCUUGUGCUGCUCCCCUCCAGUGAGCCAGCAGUGGACAGAGCAGCCUUGGUGACAUCACUUCCUGUCAUAUUUGAGCUGAUCAGAGUAACACAUCCAAGCAUGUUUGGAGCAACAGCCUUAAAGCGAUAGUUCUCACAAAAUGAGAAUUCUGUCAUCAUUUCCUCACUGAUAUUUUGUUCCAAAAAAUUACGAAUUUCCUUCUUGCGUAAAAUGCAAAAGGAGAUAUUAGGCAGAAUGGUGGCCUCAGUUGCCAUUCAAUUUGAUUGCAUAUUUCUCCCAUACAAUGAAAGUGAAAGGUGACAGACAAACAUUUUGCUUAAUGUCUUUUUGUUGUGUUACAUGGCAGAAAGUAAGUAAUACAGGUUUGAAACAACAUUAGGCACUGUUGUGCAGAAUGCCAGCCUCAGUCACCAUUUACUUCCAUCGCAUCUUGUUUCCAAAUAAUGAAAGUGAAUGGUGACUGAAGCUAACAUUCUGCCUAAGAUAUCCUUUUCUGUUCCACUCUUGAAAUAAAUUAAUAUUGGUUUGGAAAACGUGAAGGUGAAUAAAUGAUGACAGAACAUACAUGUUUGGUUAAACUAGCCAUUAGUUAGUUAGUUUUAUCAGAAUAGGUAUAUGGGCUUUGUGGUAAAUGAGAGAGACGAUGCUUGAAGUGUCUGUUUUCUGUACAGUUGCAUUUCAAAAUAACUUGACCGAUUGGAUACUUUGGGGAAAAAAUAUACUGUAUUAUGUAAUGAAGGGUUGUAAUGUAAUCUCUUGAAGUAUUACAUUAGCUCACUGACUUCUCCACUGCUAACAGCAUUAUUACAAGGGAAAGACACUUAGAUCAGGAGUCCACAUAGGGAAAAGCUAUUCUGGAGAAGUGCAUUAAUUCACUGCAGAUGUGCAGUAAGUAUGAUGAGGUUUGUCAGUGCUAAGAUAAAGGUAGCACUAAACAAACUGUCAAACACAGGUGUGAGGAUUUGUGAGGCAGCAGUCAAACUAUUAAACUCAUUGUACCACGUUUGAUGGUAUUACACUGGAGCACGCACUGUGAAAGUCUGCUUAUUAGAAAUUAGUUCUCCACCUUCUUGACUCACAGUGUGUCAGGAUGCACUUUGCUCCAAAAUAUUGUUUUUAACCUUUAGUUUGCUUUCACCACCCUAGGUUAACAAUUCCACUUGCUUAGAUUUUAAAACCCUGCAAUCAUUCCAUUAAGCAAAUGGCUUUCUUUGUUGGGAAACCUGUUGUAUGCAACUGUUAGGACAAGGGAAUGCGUCCAUUCCUAAUUUGUGUUGCACACAGCAAGAACACUUAAGGUGCUGAGGAGGCCAUAAUACCUUAACCUUACUUCCUAGAUCCAAAACGUAAUUCGUCUUCACACACCAUCAAGCUCUUUCUUGACCAUGAGAGGUGAGAUUUAGGCUUUGUGUGGGUAAUCUCUUUAGCCGAGUCCUUAGCCAGUAGAAUCCAAUCUCAGCCUGUCCCAUUACUUUGUGUUUUUUCCUGUGAAUGCAUAUGUAUCUUUCUGCCUUGAUUAUGAAGAAAUAUAUCUAUUUUUUGUAAUUGUUCUUCUCGGAUGUGCCAUAAAUCAUGUUUUCUUGCACACUGUUAAUAUUUUGUGGAUAUUGCUGUUUAAAAAAAAAAUAUGAAAUCGAAAAAGUAGAUGAAAUAAAGACAAAAUGUUAC